CUACAGAAUAUGAUGCAACGUCUGAGACCAGGAAGUCGCCAGUGCACGUUGGGGUGACGGGGCAGCGUGGUGGUGUUACAGAUUAUGUCCUUGGAGGUGACCAGUGCGACUGCAGGAAUGGUGCUGGCAGAGCUGUAUGUGUCGGAUCGAGAGGGAAAUGAUGCUACAGGAGAUGGAACCAAGGAGAAACCAUUUAAAACAGGUCUAAAGGCUUUGAUGACAGUAGGAAAAGAACCAUUCCCUACCAUUUACGUAGAUUCACAAAAAGAAAAUGAGAGGUGGGAUGUUAUUUCUAAAUCACAGAUGAAGAACAUUAAAAAAAUGUGGCACAGGGAACAAAUGAAGAAUGAAUCCCAGGAGAAGAAAGAGGCAGAAGAUAGUUUGCGAAGAGAAAAGAACCUGGAAGAAGCCAAGAAGAUAUCCAUUAAAAAGGAUCCAAGUCUGCCAGAGCCCAAGUGUGUGAAGAUUUGUGCAUUAGAAGGAUAUAGAGGCCAAAGAGUGAAGUUAUUUGGCUGGGUCCACAGGCUGCGUAGACAAGGAAAGAAUUUAAUGUUCCUGGUGUUGCGGGACGGUACAGGUUUCCUUCAGUGUGUCUUGUCAGAUGCUUUGUGCCAGUGUUACAAUGGAGUAGUCUUAUCUACUGAGAGUAGUGUUGCAGUAUAUGGAACACUAGCUCUUACCCCAAAAGGCAAACAAGCUCCAGGAGGCCACGAGCUGAACUGUGACUUCUGGGAACUCAUAGGGCUGGCUCCUGCUGGAGGAGCUGAUAACCUGAUCAACGAAGAGUCUGAUGUGGAUGUCCAGCUCAACAACAGGCACAUGAUGAUCCGGGGAGAAAACAUGUCCAAAAUCCUGCGAGCACGCUCUGUGGUGACCAGGUGCUUCCGAGACCACUUCUUUGAUAGGGGGUACUACGAAGUUACUCCUCCGACAUUAGUGCAAACGCAGGUUGAAGGCGGCUCCACACUCUUCAAGCUGGACUACUUUGGAGAAGAGGCAUUUUUAACUCAGUCCUCUCAGUUGUACCUGGAGACCUGCCUUCCAGCCCUGGGAGAUGUGUUCUGUAUUGCACAAUCAUACAGGGCAGAACAGUCCAGGACACGAAGGCACCUGGCUGAGUACACUCACGUGGAAGCAGAGUGCCCUUUCCUGACCUUUGAGGAGCUCCUGAAUCGGUUGGAGGACUUGGUUUGUGACGUCGUAGAUAGAAUCUUAAAGUCACCAGCAGGAAGCAUAGUACUGGAUCUCAACCCGAACUUUAAGCCCCCCAAACGACCUUUCAGACGGAUGAACUACACAGAUGCUAUUGUGUGGUUAAAAGAACAUAAUAUAAAGAAAGAAGAUGGGACUUUCUACGAAUUUGGAGAGGAUAUCCCAGAAGCUCCUGAGAGACAGAUGACAGACACCAUUAAUGAACCAAUCUUGCUGUGUCGAUUUCCUGUGGAGAUCAAAUCCUUCUAUAUGCAGCGAUGUCCUGAGGAUCCCCGUCUUACUGAAUCAGUCGAUGUGUUGAUGCCCAAUGUUGGUGAGAUUGUGGGCGGCUCCAUGCGCAUCUGGGAUAAUGAUGAAAUCCUGGCAGGUUAUAAAAGGGAAGGUAUUGAUCCCGCUCCCUACUACUGGUAUACAGAUCAGGUAAAAACAGCUUUCAAAAUUGUCUUUGAAUGUUUUUCAUGUAUAGUUUGGUAUACAUCAACAGUUUUUUUGUUUUUUUUUUGGACGUCCUCAGAGUCAGAAACAGGAGAUGUUAAAGACGUACAAAAUAGGUUUGUUAAACGAUUUGCUCAGCUAUUGGCUAAUUCGUUUGCUGAGACAGGAUUUGUGGAAGUUAAAGCCACUGACAGUUUGUACCUCUAUGGUCGAAAUGUUUUUAGUCUUGUGCUGAAUCGGCUGUUGGUAGAUCUUCCAGAGCAAGCAGAUCUUCCAGAACAAGGAGUCUACAGGGACUCCGAUGCCCCGCCAACGAUCGAUGGGACGCUCUCACCUAGCGGCCUUUCAGUUCACGGGACGUUGCAGCCAGACUGGCUCUAG